AAAUGGAAGCAGCUGUCUCGACUACAGCGGAGCGUGAUUCUCUUCCUGUUUGCCUUCUUGGCGGUCUGUGGAGUCCUUUCAUACACAAACAUGGGGGAACCCUGGAAAAGUCUAACAAUCAAAUCGUUGGAUGAUCAGAGAACAGAACCAGAAAUUCCUGGAUUAAAGCUGGCAAAUCCAGCUGUUCUACCAGCACCCCAGAAAGCAGAUGCUAACCCUGGAGACUACCCAGAGCUUUCACCACAGAAGCCACCAAAACCGCCUCAUAUUCGACGUGGUCCUUCCAAUCUUCAGAUCAAGCCACCACGGAGGGAUGUGAGGCUGAAGACCCGACAUGGUACCAGCAGGGUUGUAGAAGAGCCAGUCCAGGCUGAUAAAGAAGAAAAAACGGAAAAAUCUGUUAUCAGCUGGCGAGGAGCAGUGAUAGAACCUGACCAAAGCACUGAACCUCCUUCUAGUAAAAUAAAGGAACCAGAAAAACCUUCAUCUGUGGAAGCUGAAGACCAGAAGGAACCAGUGCCCAUAAACGAGCGUCAGGUGGCUGUGAUAGAAGCAUUCCGCCACGCAUGGAAAGGAUAUAAGGAUUUUGCUUGGGGCCAUGACGAGCUGAAACCUUUGUCCAAGUCCUACAGUGAGUGGUUUGGACUUGGGCUUACCUUAAUUGAUGCCUUGGAUACCAUGUGGAUUUUAGGCUUAAAAGAAGAGUUUGAAGAGGCAAGAAAAUGGGUAGCCAACGAUUUAGUAUUUGAUAAAAAUGUGGAUGUGAACCUCUUUGAGAGCACUAUUCGUAUCCUGGGAGGCUUGCUCAGCACCUACCAUCUCUCUGGAGAUAGCCUCUUCCUGGAAAAAGCUAAAGACAUUGGGAACAGGCUUAUGCCAGCAUUCAAGACCCCCUCCAAGAUACCAUAUUCUGAUGUCAACAUUGGUCGGGGCACUGCACAUCCACCUCGUUGGACAUCUGACAGCACUGUGGCAGAGGUGACCAGUAUUCAGCUGGAGUUUAGGGAGCUCUCUCAUCUCACUGGAGAUGAGAAAUUCCAGAAAGCUGUAGAUGAGGUAAUGAAGCAUGUUCACACCCUCUCAGGGAAAAAUGAUGGACUAGUGCCUAUGUUCAUAAACACCAAUAGCGGGCAGUUCACUCACUUGGGUGUCUACACUCUGGGAGCCAGAGCUGACAGCUACUAUGAGUAUUUGCUCAAGCAAUGGAUUCAGGGUGGGAAAAAAGAAAACGAGCUUUUGGAAGACUAUAUGAGAGCCAUAGAAGGAGUGAAAAAGCAUCUUCUUCAGCGAUCACAACCCAAGAAGCUUACUUUUGUAGGAGAGCUUGCUCAUGGCCAUUUCAGUGCCAAGAUGGAUCACUUGGUUUGCUUUUUGCCUGGUACUUUGGCACUGGGAGCUCACAAUGGAUUGACUGCUGAUCAUAUGAAACUGGCUGAAGCCCUUAUAGAAACCUGUUACCAGAUGUAUGCUCAAGUAGAGACGGGCCUAAGUCCGGAGAUCGUACACUUCAAUCUUCAUGCACAAAAGGGCCACAAAGAUGUGGAGAUCAAGCCUGCAGACAGGCACAACUUACUGCGACCAGAAACUGUGGAAAGCCUUUUUUAUAUGUACAGAUUCACUGGUGAUAAGAAAUAUCAAGACUGGGGCUGGGAAAUCUUGCAGAACUUCAAUAAAUACACACGGGUUCCUACAGGUGGUUAUACUUCCAUUAACAACGUCCAGAAUCCCAGUAAUCCAGAGCCACGAGAUAAGAUGGAGAGCUUCUUCCUUGGAGAAACACUCAAAUACAUGUUUCUGCUGUUUUCAGAUGACAUAGACUUAAUCAACCUUGACAAAUAUGUAUUUAACACAGAAGCUCAUCCACUCCCUAUCUGGGCGCCAGCAUAGACGGGUGUCAGACCUUCCUAUGGUGGCAUUUUUAUCUUCAAGUCACUUUACUUUUCAGGGUUUGAGGAGAGAUGCUAUAUUGCACCUUUUUUUGCUUAAAACAAACAAACAAAACCUUUGGGAAAGCAUCUCUGGUUUGGAGAAGUCAUGUCAGUCUUAAAUAUAAUCCCUGGUUCUGGGAUGGACAAACUGUGCCCUACUAAGCUGAUUUUCCUGGUAUUGAUGAUGAGGUUCAGAGAAUAAUUGUAGUGUGGACCAUGACA